UUGAGUAGUGGUGUUACUAACCAUACCAAAAAAGAAAAUUCGUAUUAUUUAUUGUCAGAAAUCAUAAAUAUGUAAAAGCAAGAUGGCCUAGUGAUUUAAGAAAUUGGUCAGGAGGGAGUUUAGUACAGACAGUGUGUUUUCUUUUUCUGAAAACAGUACAGACAGUGUCUUAGUACCACAAAAAAAAAAAAAAAACACUCUUUCAUUAACCAAAACAAAACCAAAACAUGGAAAAAGUGUUGAGAAUUGAAUCAAGUAACUCUUUCAAAUCUGUUGUUGCAUUAGCAUUAUGUGUUGGAGCAAUUCACUUCAAUCUUGUGUUCAUACUCUUCACUCUCUUCUUCCUUCCUCUCUCAAAAUCACUUCUGGUUUUUGCUUUGAUGAUACUGUUUGUGGUGAUUCCUGUGAACAAGAACAGUUUAUUGGGCCAGAAAUUGUCCAGAUUCAUAUGUAAACAUGUUUGCAGUUAUUUUCCUAUCACGCUUCACUUGGAGGAUGCAGAGGCUUUCCAUCCUAACCAAUCUUAUGUUUUUGGCUAUGAGCCACAUUCAAUUUUUCCAUUCGGCAUCUUUGCACUUCAUGACAACGUAGGUUUCAUGCCUAUUUCAAAAAUAAGAUUUCUUGUUAGCAGCAUGUCUUUUUAUAUACCAUUUUUGAGACAAGUAUGGACAUGGCUGGGUUUUACAUCAGUGGAGAAAAAAAUCUUAAUUUCCUUGUUGGAGUCUGGACAAAGUUGCAUUAUAGUACCUGGUGGAAUUCGAGAAACACUUUUCAUGGAGCAUGAUUCUGAGAAUGUAUUUCUUAAAGAAAGAAGAGGAUUUGUUCGAAUAGCAAUAGAGAUGGGUCACCCACUUGUUCCAAUUUUCUGCUUUGGUCAGACAAAUACUUAUAAGUGGUGGAAAGUUUCUACCAAGUUAGUUCAUAAUCUUACGAGAUUUAUCAAGAUUAAUCCAAUAAUAUUUUGGGGAAUACUCGGAUCUCAUAUACCAUUCAAGAAUCCAUUGUAUGUGGUGGUGGGUAGACCUAUUCAUGUUAAGAAGAAUCCAAAACCAACAACAGAACAGGUUACCAAAGUACAUAGUGAGUUUGUUGAAGCACUUAGAGAUCUAUUCCAAAAACACAAGGCUAAAGCUGGAUGUACAAACCUUGAGUUGAAAAUUGUUUGAGAAAACAAAAAAUUCACUCAUAUAUGUUUGAAUCAGAUCAUGUAUUUUUCUUUUUAUUAUUAGUUUGAUAUUAAUAUGGUAUUCUACAUACUAUUAUACAUGCAUAAAUAAAU